CUUUAAUUGCUUGGAUAUUCAAACCUUAUGGAGAUGCCAAGGGGCAACCAAUACCCCCGCACCAGAACUCUAUUUGUCUUCGUCUUCUUCUGAUUUUAUUUAUAGAUUUAUUAAAAGGAUCAAGGCCAACGCGAAGGCAAAGUUGGGAAUGGGAAUGGCAAUGGCUGCCAAAGAGCGAGGGACAUCAUCCUCAUCCUCAACCUCCGCCUUCUUUUCCUUGUUAUUUUGAUCUUUUAGGGUUUCAGAUGCCCCAGCGUGGGAAUAGAGGUAGAGAUCUGAAGCAAGGCAAGGUUGCUUCCAUAUAGAGCAAGACAGGAUGAUAUCAUCGGGGAUCAAUCUGGUGAUGACGGUGAUCGGCUUCGCCGUCAGCACCAUGUUCAUCGUCUUUGUCUGCACUCGCCUCAUCUGCGCUCGAAUCCAUCUCUCCGCCUCCCGCAGGUCCUUCCCCACCGCUUCCAGAUCCGAUCUCAGCAUCCUCGAGCGCGGCAUCCAUGGCCUGGAGCCUGUAGUUGUGGCGGGCUUUCCCAUUCAGAAGUUUGGAGAGCACUUCGCCACGUCCGGGCAGGACACCCAGUGUACUGUAUGCCUUGCAGAAUACCAAGAGAAGGAUGUUCUACGCGUACUUCCUUAUUGUGGACAUGCUUUCCAUGUUGCCUGCAUAGACAUUUGGCUCAAGCAACAUUCUACAUGCCCAGUAUGCAGAAUCUCACUGAGAGAUUCACCUGAUCAAAAACGUGCGAUACAGCCCAUUGCAGCAAUAAGAUCUCUUUACCCCCCAGGGAAUUUCGACUUGAACUCUUAUGAUUAUCUACAAGCUGGCCCAGAUUGUUCAGGAGUAGCAGACAAGCAAAGAGCAGAUGUUCAGGAUGACCAAUUCAGGUCCGGGCCAUCUGGAGCCAGGGAGAUAGUACCCAUUGUAGCAGAGGUUAACGGCUCUGUCAAAAGUAAUUGCCAGCAUGAGUUUGAAGGAAAGUAUCCUCAGAGUCCGUCUAAUUGUUAGCCCCAUUAGGCUUUUUAGGCGACAAGGUGCCAGAAGUUGAAUUUUCUUUAGUCUACUUUUUUGUUUCAUGCUUGGUGUACAUAUGACAAAUUUCAUGAUUCCGGGGAUGGUAAAAGCCAUUUCCUAGGCGAAUUUUUUUUGUUCAGCCAAAAGAUCAUAAUGGUGAAGAUUGUCUUCUAACUUUUU